UCAUUUAUUGUUAUAAUAAAAGAAAACCAACUUAUUUAUGCUUCUUUAAUUUUUAUUUACAUUUUUGAAUAUUUAUCAAUACGAUAAAAGAAACUAUAACUAUUUGAAUAAAAUGAAAAUAGCAACAAUCCAUCGAUAUAAUUCUAAAGAUAUUAUAAAUUGGAUUUAGGAAUUCGUUGCACCAAUCGUUCAAUUGUUUAAACAAAAAAAAGAUAGAGAUACACGCGAUAUUCGCCCCUCGACACACAAAAAUGAAUGUUGACAAUUGAGUAAAAGACAAACAGAAAUGUGAAACAGAAUGUGUGCAAAGGAAAUCAAGUCAAAAAUCAUUUGGACGAAGAAUCAGUGAAGAACACGGUAAAAUCAAAACCGAAAGGAUUGUGUGUGUUUGUUUGAAUCGCUUAUAUAUAUUUUUUUUGUUUUUGUUUGUGCUGUUAAUUGUGAAUGAAGUGUUUGCGAGUUUACCGGAAAGGAAAAUAGAAGAAGAUAUAUCCGGUGUGGGACUGUUUUUAUAAUUUGUAGCCGAGUCGAGUGGAAAGAGUGACCCAAGACAGGAAUAGUCAGCCAUAUCGAAGCACUCAAUCAACCGAAUCGGUGUGAAUUAUUUUCGAAUGCAAAGAAUCGAUUGAAUUGAAUGAAAACCAAAAACGAUGGACACAUUGCACGUCCAUUCAACAUCUACACAGAAUCUAUUGGGCGGUAGCAAACCAUCGAGCCGUGCACCGUCUCCCUGUCGAUCUGAUCAAAUGUCAAAAGAUCGUGAUAGCAAUGACUCCGUAUCAGGGAGUGGGUUGAGAUUUCGUAAUCAAAGCCCAUCAACAACGAAUCGAAGAAGUCGUGACAGAGAACGCAGCACAAAUGAUAAGACAUGGGAACGUGAUGCUGAUGCAAACACAAUGCUGAUUACAAAUGAAGCGAAUAUAACGUCACCAGCAGCUGCUGUUGUUGCCGGUAAUAGUGCCAAUGCUGCUACGACUGCCGCCACUGUAUCGGCAAGCACCGUAAUCACUGGUGGCGAACAAAAUGAUACAAUGGAUGAUUCAAGACUGUCAGAGGAACUUGGCUAUCAGUCAUUUCUUUUGGAUGAAUUGGAAGGGAACACAUCGACAAUGGAACGACGUCACCAUCACCAUCAUCAUCAUCAUCGAUCGAAUAGUGGUCAAGCAAUGGAUCGUCUAAAUACAAAAAUUGCAUGCACACGUGAAUCAAUACGAAAAGAACAAACGGCUCGCGAUGAAAAUGUGAACGAGUACCUGAAAUUAGCAGCCAAUACUGAAGCAGAUAAACAACAGUUACACCGUAUCAAAGCCGUUUUUGAAAAGAAAAACACAAAAAGUGCGCACACAAUAUCAGUACUCCAAAAGAAACUUGAAACUUAUAGUAAACGAGUGAAAGAUCUUCAAAUACAACAAAAUCAACGUCAAAUUGGACAUCGGCAACCGCGUGAAGUAUUACGAGAUGUGGGACAAGGUUUAAAAAAUGUUGGUGGGAAUGUUCGUGACGGCAUCACUGGGCUCGGCGGUAGCCUCAUGUCAAAACCACGCGAAUUCGCUCAUCUCAUCAAAAAUAAGUUCGGAAGCGCCGACAAUAUCAAUCAAUUAUCAACCUGGUACACAGAUCCCGAUUUAAACACACUCGAUUUGACUGGAACGCAUAAUAAUCAAGCGCAAAACUCAACACAAUUUCAAUCGUCAACGCUGGGCAACAGUAACAACACCGGAUCGUCGAAUAUUGGAGGAACGGCGACGGGGACAACGGCAGCCACUGCAACACGGACCGGCAGUGGAAAAUUCAGCAAUGAAAACGACAGCGAAUGCAGUAGCGUCACAAGUGAUUCCAUGCCAGGCGGCGGUUCUGGUAAAAGCCAUUCAGGAACAAAUAAUCAACAAGAUGCUUUCCUGUUGAAGGCCAUUUUAACCGAAUUGCAGGAGAGACAAGAUGACUGCGCCAAAAUGAAAGAAGCCAUUGAACGACUUGAGAGUGUCCAAAAAGAAUUCCAAGAUGUUUCACGAGAAUUGGAAAGCGAACGAUAUCGCGCUGAACGACUCGAGGAACAAGUUAACGAUUUGACCGAACUUCAUCAGAAUGAAAUCGAAAAUCUAAAGCAAGCGCUAGCAGAUAUGGAGGAAAAAGUUCAAUACCAGAGUGAUGAGAGACUGCGUGAUGUAAACGAAGUCUUGGAAAAUUGUCAAACCAGAAUUUCAAAAAUGGAACAUUUAUCGCAACAGCAAUAUGUAACCGUUGAAGGGAUCGACAAUUCAAAUGCUCGUGCACUUAUUGUUAAGCUAAUUAAUGUAGUAUUGACUGUGUUACAAGUAGUUUUAUUGCUGGUGGCAACUGCUGCCGGAAUUAUAAUGCCAUUUUUAAAGACUAGAUUGCGAGUUUUGACGACUGUAUUCUUCGUUUUUAUUGCAAUAUUUGUGAUUAGACAAUGGCCAGAUGUUAGUGACGUUGGAUCACAUAUUGUGCGGCGGCUGAAAGAGACGCUAAUUGUAAAGUAAAUUUAGCAAAGUAAAUUUGAAUGAUAUUCACUGGCGCAAGUGUGCAACAAUCAUUCAAUGCAGAACGAUGUUAAAAGAUUUCCUAAUUGUCCGCGUAUAAAGUCACACAUAUAUAGACGACAGCUAUGCAGCUAUUCGAUUGAAGAAAUCUGAACAAGAGCGAAAACAAAAAGAAGCAACAAAUGUAAUUAAUGACAUACUAUUGCGCUUGUUCAUCAAAUUAGAUUUAUAGAUUACUUUAUUUUAUUUAAGAGGCAAGCAAAGAAGGGAUGUAUGAGCAUUCAAAAUAAAAGAAUUUGUAAAUGCUUUAGACAGCUAUACAAAACGACAUAUACGUACAGAGCGAAACAAAAAAAAAACAUUGAUGAUAUUAACUUUAAAGAUAAACAGCAAGAAUGGGAAUGAUAUGUCCGCAUUUUAUUGAUCUUCGAAUCGAUUUUUUUUAUUUAAAUAUUUCGCCAUCUUCCUCAAAAUUGGUUCGCGCUAACCGAAACAAAUAAACUUUGUUCAGAUUUAUUUUUUUUUUAAAUAUUAGGUGCCAGUUGUAAAAUAUUAUGUAUUUGUUAUAAUGAGAAAAUCAGCAAUAAUUCAUUUGAGAGAAAAAAAGAAGAGGAAAUAAAUGUAAACGACAUACAUCUGAUCAUAA